UCUCACUGUGAGCUCCUUUGUGAGCUCCUUGCUUCGCCUCUAAUGCCGCUCUUGCUUCUCUUCUUCUCUCUCUUCUUGGUUACCCUUCUCGUAUCCUCACAACUCACCGUGGGCGCAGGGGAUUGUCCUCUGGAUUUCAGUUGGUCAAAUCUUACUUUGGCAGCUUCUACAUGUUCGAAUAGAGAUGAAAGGGCCCAGUGUUGCCGCUAUAUUAAUGCCUUUGUUGCUGUCUCAGUUGCUCAUUAUGCAAAUGCGACAGGAAAGCUGGGUGUUCCGUCUGCAUUCUCUGAUACUUGUCUUGAUUCUGUUUCACAAACAUUGGAGUUAAAUGGAGUGCCACCUAAUGCCACUGCAUUUUGUGGGCUGGGGCCAAAAAUUCGAGUUUCGUAUCAGUGCGAGGGAAGAGAGACUGUUUUGGAAAUGCUACAAUCACCUAAUUUUAGUGAUGUCAUUGGAAGCUGCAAGAUGCCACUUUCAUUGGACACUAGUUGCAAGAGGUGCUUAAACUCUGGAAUUAACUACCUUCACCAUCUUAUUGGAGCUGAAGAUAAUGUAACAUUAAGCAUCUGCCGAAAUGCAGCUUUUGUUGCACUUGCAAGUCAAGGUGAUAACAUGUUGGCUGUUGACAUGUCCAGUUGCUUCUUUGGUGUUAAAGGGCUCAGCAAUCUCACAGAGCCAUCAUCACCCUACUCACCUGCGCCUGCUGCUGCUCCAAUUUCUGUGCAUGCUCAACCUCCUAUUCAGCAUCUUAUCGCGACACCUCCUAAGGAACAUCAUAAGAAGUAUAGCCUCACAUUGAUUCCAGGCAUCGGGAUUGCUGUUAUAGUGAUUGCCAUUCUUUUAUUGUUGAUCUUAAUAUUUCUUAUCCGUAAGAAAAGCCGGGAACUAGAAAGUGCUGACAUUAACAUGGGGACCUCAUGGAAUGCCUUCCCUCCUUCGCAGGUCAGAAAGUGUUCAGAAGGUACAUCACCAAUGUUUCGAAGAUUCAGCUACAAGGAAACAAAAAAGGCAACAAACAGUUUUAGCACUGUGUUAGGAAGCGGUGGUUUUGGCACUGUCUACAGAGCACAAUUCAGUGAUGGUUCUAUGGUUGCUGUGAAGCGGAUGAAUAAAGUUUCACGGCAAGGUGAGGAAGAGUUUUGCCGCGAAAUGGAGCUUCUUGGUCGGCUUCACCACCGCCACCUUGUUGCUCUUAAAGGAUUUUGUGUUGACAGGCAGGAGAGGUUCCUUAUGUAUGAAUACAUGGAAAAUGGAAGCUUAAAGGAUCAUCUUCAUUCUCCUGGGAGAAAUCCUCUAAGGUGGCGCACCAGGCUUCAAAUUGCCAUUGAUGUGGCUAAUGCUCUGGAGUACCUUCAUUUCUAUUGCGAUCCUUCUCUUUGCCAUAGAGACAUAAAAUCCAGUAAUAUUCUCUUGGAUGAGAAUUUUGUUGCAAAGGUUGCUGAUUUUGGCCUUGCACAUGCUUCUAGAAGUGGUGCUAUCAGCUUCGAACCUGUGAACACAGAUAUCCGUGGAACCCCAGGAUACAUGGAUCCCGAAUAUGUCGUGACCCAAGAGCUAACAGAGAAAAGUGACAUAUAUAGCUACGGUGUUUUGUUAUUGGAGCUUGUCACGGGGAGAAAAGCAAUACAAGAUAACAAGAAUUUGGUGGAAUGGGCUCAAAAGUACAUGACUGAAGAUACUAAUCUGCACCAAUUGGUAGACUCCACAAUCGCUGCCAGCUCGAUCGACUUUGAUCAGCUCCAAACAGUGGUCGAGAUCAUACAAUGGUGCACACAGAAAGAAGGCCGGGCUCGACCUUCAAUCAAACAAGUUCUCAGAGUGUUCUCCGAGAGACUGGACCCCGUGCACAAUGGUUUCGCAGAAGCCUUUGAAAACGGGCAAGAUGUCUACAGCGGCGGCCAGAGUAGCAAAAUGAUGGCGUAUCGUAGUGAGUUCAUUUAUCUUAGUGGCGACGCAAGGUGUCUACAGUCAUCCUCAAGUACAACAAGAUCAUAUUGUAGUCGAAGUGUUUUGCUCGAGACCGGCUCCCCGCAAUCACCCUCAAACGUCCUCUCGGUUUAAUGCUUUUUCUCCAGGACUCCAUGAAUUCAAGAGGAAACCAGUCAAAUCCUCGGCUGAAGCGAAAUUCAGCAACCAUGGUGUUUUGCUUUGCAAUCAUUUUGAAUUGGUAUCAGAAGGAAAUAGGCCUCCUGACUUUGAGGAUUGUUUUUGAUGUAAUUUUUUUUUUCUGCUGUUGUUGAGAAUGUGUGAUUAGAUAUAAUCUAACAUAUUAUUAUGUUGUGCA